AGAGGUCUUUCUUAGCUUGCAUUCUAUUUGGUCCUCUUUUGACGGCGGCGAUGGAGAACGCGAUGGGCGUCGCCGGCGCCGGAGCUGGAGUCGGAGGCGGCGCAGUCACCACAACCGCUGCUGAUGCUCCUUCCCUUCCUCCCAACAUGACAAUCUACAUCAACAACCUCAACGAGAAGAUCAAGAUCGAUGAACUUAAGAAAUCUCUGAAUGCCGUUUUCUCACAAUUCGGGAAGAUAUUGGACGUACUUGCUUUCAAGACUUUUAAACAUAAAGGUCAAGCAUGGGUUAUCUUUGAGGAUGUGUCAUCAGCGUCUGAAGCACUCAAGCGUAUGCAAGGUUUUCCUUUCUAUGAGAAACCUAUGAGGAUUCAGUACGCAAAGACCAAAUCAGAUUUAAUAGCAAAAGCUGAUGGCACUUUUGUGCCUAGAGAAAGACGAAAAAAGCAUGAUGAAAGAGCUGAUAGAAAGAAACGAGAGCACCAUCAUGACAAUAAUUACUCUGGCGGAGGUUUGAGUGCGACUCAUGGUGCUUAUGGUGCCACUCCACCGUUAUCGCAGCUGCCCUUAGGCGUGGCCAAGCUCCCCGAAGCACCAGCUCCACCAAACAGCAUUUUGUUUGUCCAGAAUCUCCCGACGGAAACUACUCCAAUGAUGUUACAGAUGUUGUUUUGCCAGUACCCCGGAUUUAAAGAAGUCAGGAUGGUUGAAACGAAACCUGGCAUUGCCUUUGUCGAGUACGGGGAUGAGAUGCAGUCCACAGUUGCUAUGCAGGGCCUCCAUGGUUUCAAGAUCACCCCGCAAAACCCAAUGCAUGUUACAUAUGCAAAGAAGUAGAAUAUUGUCUUCCUGGAAUUGUAUCAACCAUUGACAGGAUAUACUACUUGAGUUAUUCUGGUUUUGUAGCUCUUCAGCUCCUGUUAUAUUAUUAUUUUAACCUCCCUCCUGAUUUCAAUCAACAAACUCUUGCUACUGAUGCCUGAAAUGUUCACCCUUGAACACCAAAGCUGCAUUUUUAUUUUUA